AUGGUGAAAGUGUUCCACUUUGAAGUCUGCUACUGCCGUGACGUGACAGAGAGGAACAGGGAACCCAUCCAUCUACACACACACACACACACGCACGGCCAUGUAUUGGAAAUUUGUUUUGUUGCAGGCAAAGCAGGCGCCACCAAGGGUCGUUCGCCAACUCCGACACCCAAUCGUGAUAAUGGUGGGGGCGGAACUGGAGGUGGAGCCGCAGCUGGAGCUGGAGGCGUAGGCGGCGGCGGCGGCGGCAGCGGUGGUGGUGCAACGUCAGGCGGAGCCGGAGCAACAACAGCCGGCAGAUCCACACUACAUGCGAACAAAACGAUACUGAAAACGGUCUCGGUAUUCCUCGCCAGCGGCAAACGUAACUCGAGCAACCAACAGUCGAAGGCCGCCGCGGCGGCCCUGCAGAACAAGCGGCAACUGCGCCAAAGGAGGAUGGAGGAGCUCAGCGGCAAAAUCAAUCCCAAGCUGCUGGACAGUCUGCGCAAGAAGACGCGCUUCAGCAAAGACGAACUGGAUUCCCUGUGCCGGAUCUAUCGGAAGCUCGUGUCGAACUGCCAGUAUGCGGCCAAGACGCUGGCAUCCAGCUCUUCCAGUGCAGCCAUAGCAAAGCCCCAUGCGGCCGUGGAGGGCAUUGACCGCAUCGUGUUCCGGGAGCUGUUGCACAGCACUUUCGACAUUGUCACCGAGGAGAUCCUGAUGGAGCGCAUCUUCUGCAGCUGGGACAAGGCACACGAGGGCCUGCCCCUGCGGCUCGAGGGCUGGCUCAUCGGGCUGUCGACGUUUCUGCGCGGCACGUCCACGGAGCGGGCGGGCUUCUGUUUUAGGGUGUACGAUCUGAAUCAGGACGGAUUCAUUACCAAGGAUGAGAUGUUCACGCUGCUGCGGAACUGCCUUAUCAAGCAGCCGCAGGACGAGGAUCCCGACGAGGGCGUCAAGGAUCUUGUAGAGAUCGUCCUCAAGAAGUUCGACCUGGACAAGGAUGGCAAGGUUUCGCUGGAGGAUUUCAUGAGCACAGUCACGGCGGAACCGCUGCUGAUUGAAGCCUUUGGCCAGUGCCUGCCCACGGACAGUGCUGUCGGCUCCUUUUUCUCAACGCUGCAGGUGUAGGUCGAAUCGAACCGGAACAGGCCCAAUAUCAUAUGUUACGGUACGGUAUUUGGUUGGUUUGUUAAUCAAUAGUUUUUUGUUAUUUAUUUUGUGAAUUAGGGAAAU